AUGGAGCCUCAUAGGAAGUCAAAGGGCCGCCAAAAGAUUGAAAUGGUGAAGAUCAAGAAGGCGACGAAUCUCCAAGUUACCUUUGCCAAACGCCGGGCUGGCAUUUUCAAGAAGGCGAGUGAAAUUAGCACGCUCUGUGGCGCUGAAGUUGCAGUGAUUAUUUUUUCACCUGCCAAGAAAGUGUUCUCUUUUGGCAGUCCUUCUGUGGAAAAGUUGAUCAAUCGAUUCAAUGGCCUGAUAGAACAACCUCCUUCAGCUAACAGACGUAUGAUGGAUGCUCAUCGAAAUCCUUAUCUCCAAGGGCUCAACUUACAGCUAAACGAG